UCAGUAGGGACUGAUGAUAAGAGCAGAGACGGACGGAGACACUCUACAGAGCUCAUGAUUGGGUUUUUGUUUGUGCACUCUUUGCACCAUUGAAGUGAUUUUGAAGGUAUUCAUAUAUGAUGGACUGCAACAUGUCACCUUAUUGAAAACCCGCCAAAUCAACAACAUAGGGUGCAGCACUUCCUCUGAAAAAUCCAUCUGACGUCACAACAGUGCAGACAAACAAUGAGGCCUGUGUAUGCUGCCAUCUGGGUAGCAACCACAUUGGUGGGACUCCAGCUGAGCGCGUCAUCCUCUGAAACCAAUGUCAACCGCUCAUCCCAAAACCUCUCCUCUGUCCCGGGAGACCUGCCUGAGACAGUUGAGGUUUUAGACCUAUCAUGCAACCGCAUACAGCAGCUUCACCAAGGAGACUUCAAUAACACUGUUCACCUGAGGUCUCUCAACAUUUCAUGGAAUAGUUUGGAGGAGAUCGACCCAGACACGUUCCUCAACACGCCACUCCUGCAGGAUCUCGACCUGUCACACAACAGGCUGAAGAACCUGUCGGGUCAGGGGUACCUGCUCCACACAAAGAACCUGCGGAUGCUUAAUUUGACCCGCAACGACUUCCUCUCGAUGACACUCGGGAGUGAGUUCAGUUCCCUGGCAAAACUUGAAUGGUUAGCACUCGGAGCUGAAGAGAUCCAUCUGGGUGAUUUCAGGAAUAUUGCUGAAGUGAAACUACUUACACUGACACUUUCCCUGGAGGGUCACCUGGAAUAUGAAGCGGGCAGUCUGAAUGGCGUUAAAGCUCAACAGCUUCAGAUAGCCUUGACUAGGAAUCAGAUACUGAACCAUGAUCUGUUCCAUGACGCUCUGACGUUCUUUGUUGAAGUGGAGUUGAUGAAUGUGACAGGAGGCUUCAGUAGCCUUAGUAAGCAGUUAAGCGAGAGAGCAGCAAUCCGCACAUCUUAUCUUUAUCUCACUAACAUAACAAUCAGCUGGCACGAAUUGACUGACUUUGUAAACGUGGCUCUGGGAACAUCCAUCAGCCAAAUCGGCGCUUCUGAUGUGGCAAUGCACACUUUGCCUUUCGAGGAUACUCCUGUGGCGAAGACAUCUAAAAUGAAGUCCUUCAUAGCCAGAAGGGCGAGGGUGAUGUCUUUCUUUUUCUCACAGGAGGUUGUAUACGACUUUUUCAUCAACCUACCAGUGGAGAAUUUAGCAAUCCUUGAGACUUCAAUCAUACACAUGACAUGCCCCGAGUCACAGAGUGGACUGCUCCAGCUCGAUUUCUCCCUUUGUGCUCUAUCCGACUCCAUCUUCUCCAGAGUGGAGGGUCAAGAAUUCAUUGAAUGUGAGAAUCUAGCCAACCUGAAGAAAUUGACUCUAGUGGGCAACAAUCUGAAGAACUUCCAGCUGCUGAGCAAACGCAUGAAACACAUGAAAUCCCUGCAACAUCUGGACCUCAGCGUCAACCAGCUGGUGUACGACGGUGUGGAAGAAUGUGUCUGGCCACCGAGCAUCACCAACAUGUCUCUGGCUUCUAAUCGUCUGACGGACUCAGUUUUUAAAUGUGUCCCAAAAGGAAUGGAGACACUGGACCUCCAGAACAAUCAGGUUUCUGUGGUACCAUCAUCCAUCAUGAAUCUGAAAAACCUUUCAUCACUCAAUCUAAAUGCUAACAGGCUGCGGGACCUGCCAGUGUGUAAGGGCUUGCCCGUACUCAAUGUGCUUCUGCUCAAGUCCAACUCCAUCCACGCCCCGUCUGUGAACAAGCUGGAAGGCUGCCCCAAACUGAAAACACUGGAUGUCAGUCACAACCCCUUCGCCUGCACCUGUGCUCUGAGGAGUUUCCUCAGUCUUAGCAUCAAUACUGAAAAGGGGAGAGGUGACACAGGAAUUGAAUUGUUGAGCUGGCCAUCGGGCUAUUACUGCAUCUACCCUGAGACCAUUAGAGACUCCACCUUGAACAAAAUCUGGAUCCCAUUGGUCUCCUGUAAUGUUGGUCUUCUAGCUGCCACCAUCUUGUGCCCAGCAGUGUUUUUGAUUCUUGUAGUUCUAACUCUGUGCCAUCGUUUGGACAUUCCCUGGUAUAUGGGCAUGAUCUGGCAGUGGACCAGAGCCAAACAUCGUGCCAGAAGGCGACAACUUCGACCUGAGGAUCUGGUGGGUGUUGAGUUUCAUGCUUUUGUGUCUUACAGCCAGCAUGACGCAGACUGGGUGCACAACUCCAUGCUCCCCAACCUUGAAGGCCCUGCUGGAGGGCUCCGAAUCUGCCACCAUGAGAAGCACUUUGUGCCAGGAAAGACGAUCAUCGAGAACAUCAUGAGCUGUGUGGAGAAAAGCCGACGCGCCGUGUUUGUGCUCUCAGCUCAUUUCGUCAAGAGCGACUGGUGCCAUUACGAGUUGUACUUCGCCACCCACCACCGCCUCGGUCACGGAUCGGACAGUAUUGUGCUGGUGCUGCUCGAGCCUCUUCCUCAGUAUCUGAUCCCAUCUAAGUACAACCAGCUGAAGUCCAUGAUGGGCCGACACACAUACUUGGAAUGGCCUCAGGACAGGGCCAAGCAAAGGCUGUUCUGGGCCAACCUCAGAGCUGCCCUACAGGUGGACUUGCCAAAUGUGCCAGUCACAGAGCUAGAGGAGUGACGACAUUCAAGACAACUCAGAAGUUAAAAAUGUGUCCUCCUACUAGAAAGAGGACAACGGAAUGCCACUCAAAGUAAACUUUAGGCAAACCUAUCUGCCCCAACUUCAUUAAGAAGCAUUUGUCUACAUUCGGUAACAGCAGCAUCCACGGGACGUUUUGUAUUUAGUAUAAAGCUAGUGAUGGAAUAGUAAGAUAAGAAUGUUGUAAAGUGUAUCAUGUGCGUUGGUUUUUCUCCUCUGUUGUUUGUAUAUGCAGAGACAACACUGCUGCCGUCAGCUGUGUGCACACUAUCCAAAGGAUUGCUGAUUUGAAGUCAGCUAAUUUUCAUGUUCAUCUUUAGCAUUAUGCACAAGGAACACUUCAAGGCCAGAAGGAGGAAAUUUCAACAGAGUAAUUCCAAUCUCCGACACAUACACGGAUGCAGCAUUUAUGAAGUAAAAAGGAAGUGGAAAGAGGAAGUGAGAAAGGGACAGAAGGGAGA